UUUUCAGUGUUAUCGAUAGAAGGAGCAAAGCUUCCGACUUCAACACACUGCGCAUUUGAAUUUAUCAAAUUCAAAACUGUCAAACAAGUGGUGAAGCAUACCUUCUAAAGCUGCAAGCUAUAGGGCUUCUUUUUAUCUUUGCAAGGUUUUUUUUUGUGUUUAUCAAUUUUUACCUGCUUGCCCUCUUACACAAGCACGUCAAGAGCAACUGUGACAGUAGCCGUUACAGUUCUUGGAGCUUGUUACUGUCACUGUGUAGUGCUGUGCUUGCAGGACGAACAGCAGGUAUUAUAUUCUUUUGCAACAAUUAUUUUUACUCUGUUUUGCCGUUCUUCUUCUAGCUUGUGAUCGUGAGAUAAGUAAGUUCGUGAAAUCCGAAGGGUAAGUAACGGUAAGUAGUAGCCGUACUCUCAACUAGUACACCAGCAAGGUUUAUAGUUGAAUGAUUGCGAUUUCUUGGAUAGCUGUGUAUAGUAGUUUCCUUUUGGUACCAGUCUCAAACGCUUAAUGGUCAAAUCCACCACCUAAAUUGCGUUCAGGUGAGACACCAUCUGAAUAAUAUUGCAGAUACAAACAAAACCAUCAAUGCAUUGCAUUUUAUCAAACUCACACAAGAAAGCAGAUAGAACUUCUAGUGGACAAGAACAGAACACAACACACUUCUUUUCGACGCUAUGCAUCACGCAACAACGAUUCACUUAUCACCACAACAAAACUUCCCUCAGCUUAAAAUUUUACCUUAACACAAAAGUUUUCAAGAAUCUGUAUCUGUUUCAAGAUGGGGGGCAUGCUAUCAUCACCCAUCGAGGUGGUGCGGCUCCAGCGGCAGCGCGGGCACCUGGGUUCGUGUGCCGUCGCGGAAAUGCAGGGUUGGCGAGAAAACCAUGAGGAUGCGCACUUUUUUUCGCAACCGGACGCGAACGUAUGGCGUUCUCAAACGUUACAUUCUCAACUGUUACAUGAUUUGUCAUGCAGAAUUGCCUUCAGAAUCUACACCAUCAAGCUGCUUCGCAUGACAAAUUCUCAGAGGGCCAAGCAGGCCGAUACUCGGCGCCAAAUCUGUCAUGCAAGACGCGCAAGAUCUCUCCUAUCACUUUUGCCAUUCUUGCAUCGCAAAUUCAUGUAACAGUUGAGAAUGUAACAGUUGAGAACGCCAUAGAACGGGUGGGCGACUUUUGGGGUACUAGACGGCCACGGUGGCUACCGGGCCGCACGAUUGGCAGCGGAAAAACUACCCGCCGCUUUGAAAAAAGCAACGACGAAGCGAAAGGUGAGGUUGUGCAUGUUGAUGCCUGGUGCAUAUUGAUGGUUCACUUACACUUUUGAUCAAAAAUAAGUAAAUAUUUUUGUCAAAAAUAUUAAGUUGUAUGCUAUUGAUGCAUGCUCAUUAUGGUGCUCCUCGUUUUGAGUGUGAGGCAACAUCCGCAUCAUCAUGAUCAACAUUCGUAUUUGUUUUGCAAUACAACCAUACACGAACUUUUAUUUGUAUUCCAGGCCAAGGACGGCCCCUGCGCAAAGAAGCUCGAUGAGGCGUUUGAGGAGGUUGACCGAGAGCUGCGCGAAGAGCUCGUUGGGAGGCACGGGGACCCCGCAGACUCCUCCGGCACCACUUGCGUCGUCGGUCUCGUGAAGUGCACCAAGGAAACCGGUAAGUACAGCUGUUUCAUCGCCAACGCGGGGGAUUCGCGGGGAAUCAUCGUGCGGCUGGGCACGGAGUAUCAACUGCAAAUAUGUCUGGGUCUGGAAACUUGUGAUGCGUGUAUGUAAGUGAAAACAAGUAAGCACACUGUAAAAAUGCGCCGCCAAGCAUGACAGAUUUUCCCGUGGCUCUGUGUUGCGUAUUCCGCAUGAGAAGCAGCCACUUUGCACGACACAAAAGAGGAGCUCUCCGUGGCGACGCAAUACAGAGCUUAGUGUCAACAUGCCAGACGAGCAUGACAAAUGUCGCACUUUUCCAGACCCAGACACUUUUGCACUUGAUACGGAGACGCACUUAACAACAUCCGCGAAUUCCUUGGCAAGAUCCCGGGCGGUCUCUACGGAAGUGGAGCCUCCAGGGUCGCCAAAGAAACAAGUGGUAGACGACGAUGGUAUCGCCACGCCGGACGAGGUGAAGGGCCUUUCCGAGCAAACAGUCAUAUGAAUUGCAAACGUUGUACUAUCGUACUUUAAUAGUAGUCAACAUUGCAAUACACGUUAGCUCAGCAUGGCAAAUGAUAAUGAAGUUUGUCAUACUGAUUUAGCUCGGAAAUAAGGAACAAAUUUGUGGUGCAUGAUUCCUUGCGACUAGUACUACACGUACGAUAGUUUUUAUUCCCACAGGAUAAUUGAGCGCGGUCGUCGUAUCAACUGUAAAAAUGUCUGGGUCUGGAAGAAUACAACUUGUCAUGCUGAUUUUGGAUUCUAAAAAUAUCUGUAUUGCAUGAGCAGCAAAGAGAGUCCAAGUUUUGCUACACGGAAAGAGCAUUUGUCAUGCGGUAAAGGCAUCAGGAAGCCCUCACAAAAUCUGUGAUGCUAGGGCAUGCAUCACGGAUAUCAGAAGUCAUGCAAAAUGUGCAUGACAAACCUGCCAAUCUUCCAGACCCAGACAUUUUUACAUUUGAUACGUCGAAAACAAAAAUAAAAACACGGAAGUGGAAUACAAAAGUCCAGAUUUGUAUGGAAGCGUCAGGAUUGAAAUCGUCAAAGUUGAAAUAGUUUGCGAUGCAUAAAACGCAACCCACAAAAUGCCUGUCUUGCAGAGUAGGCAGGGGAGGCAGGUUGCAAGCCUGUCGCGGGGUAGAAAUAGAGCUGCUAAAGUAGCAUCACAAAAGGCGUCUUCCUUACCCAAACAGCAUGACAAACUGGAUUUCGGCUCUAGCCAAAUUUGUCAUGCACCACUUGAAAACUAGGGACCAACUGGUAUCCGUUUUAUGCAUUACAAAUUAUUUCAACUUUGUCGAUUUCAAUCCUGACACUCCCAUAAUUUGGAGUUGGAUAGAGUGCCGGAGAACCCCAACUCCGGAGACGAAGACGGGACGAAGACGACAAAAUCUAAUGCCGCAAAUAAUGACUCCUCUUCGCCAGCAGCUUCCGAUGGAGGUGCGAAGACGAAAAAUAACGACGAAAGCCACGUGGAAGUCCGGCUGCCGCUAAAAACGAAGCCAGCAGGGGAUGACCCAGACGAAGAUAUCUCGACUAUGUUCUAUGCCGAGGGGACGGCGUCUAUUGGUAUUUUUAUCAUGACGAGUUGGCUUUCUCUACUUGUAGACAUGAUGUAGCUUCUUAACUUUUCUAAAACUGAAUUUCAUGGUACUAUUUAUGACCGGACAAAAGUCCUUAAUUCCGGAUUUUGCUAGCGGUCUUUAUAGAAAUCCUAGCGGUCCCAGCUUGCUAGCUGACUAACGACAGCGACGCCGUCCGCCCUGGGAAUGCACCCACACGCCAACGAUUUCAAAGCAGUACACUGCAGCGGUGUGGCUCUUUGCAUUCAAUGCAUUGAGCCAACAACCUUGUUGAGAAAAUAGCAAAGGCGUCUGUGCGUGAUGGCUAUAAAAGCUGCGCAGUCAUAAAUAUCACGUUUUGACACGAGUAUGAUCGUCAUUUUUCUAGCGAACUGGGAUCGCUAGAAAAUCUAUAAAGGCCGGUAGAAAAUCCGGAAUUAAGCAAGUUUUGUCCGUUCAUAGUACUAUUCCUAUUGUUGGGUUAACUAUAAAUUUAUUCUUGUGUGAGACGCAAUGGAUGAAUUGGAAUGCCUGCCUGCUAGUGCUAAGAAGUUGCACCCAAUCUCUUUAUCCACACGCACAACAGACCACAAGCCAAGCCGCAAAUGCGAGUUUGACCGAAUCAUCAAGGCAGGCGGGUCUGUUUCCGGCAUGGACGGGCAGCAAGGGUUUCUUAGCGACUGUCCGCGGUUGGACGGGAACUUGGCGGUGUCCAGGGGCUUCGGCGAUUUCCAAUACAAGAUGGACUUCAAAUUGCCGGCCAGUGAACAGAAAGUUUCGUGCCAUCCCGAGUUGUUCUCUAUGCACGACCUAGACGCCGGGGAUCUAGUAUUGAUUUUUUUUGUUGUUGUCGUAGCCGUAGCAUAAGCAUGAACUUGUAGAAUCUCGUUUCGUCUGUGGCAGCAUUCUUAUCUAUCUCUUUCGAUUUGAUCAGACCGCCGCAAGUGAAGAUGUUGCAUUUAUCAAUUAUGAUCAAAACGAAAACAAAUUUUAUCCGAUGGGGGACCACUUGCUUCUCAGGUAAUUUUGGCGUGCGACGGUAUUUUUGACGUGAUGAGCAAUGAGGAUCUGAUCAGUUUUGUGGUCGAGCGGUACCACAUGCUGCAGCCGAAAUACACCCGGCGAGAAGACCUGUUGGCCGAGAUCUGCGGUAGGUGUGUGCAGCACUGCCUCGGUAGGGACAGCAAGGACAACAUGACCAUGAUGAUCAUCCAGCUCGGGCCCCCGCUUGACGAGACGAACUAUCAAAGGCAAAUAUGUCUGGGUCUGGAAGGAUGCAACUUGUGAUGCUGUAUUUGGAUUCCAAAAAAAUUUGUAUUGCAUGCGCAGCAAAUAAGGAUCCUAAUUUUUGCUACGCGGGGACAGAGGGCAUUUGUCAUGCGGAAUAGGCAUCAACAAGAAGCCCUCAAAAAGUCUGUGAUGCUAGGGCGCGCAUCACAGACAUCAUGGCUCAUGCUCAUGCAAAACGUGCAUGACAAACGUCACAAUCUUCGAGACCCAGGCAUAUUUGCAUUUGAUACGAACUCACCCGCGGCCAUGUUUUCGUUCACAAGUGAGCAGCGGAAGGCGAACAAGGGGAAAGUGAUCACCCCCGGCACGCCGUCCGCGGCAGCCUCGCCGGCGUCGGCAGUCAAAUUGCCGACGUUCGAGCAGGAGGUGAAAUUUUUCAGCGCGAGCGAGCAGGUCGUGAGGCAGGGUAUCGUCGGGGAGAAGAGGACCCAGGAGACCUACGCGACGUUUUUGGAGUACUGCGAAACCGGGCCGGAACCCUGCCCCAUCAACGCCCGAGUCGCGGCGAUCUGCCAGUACAAGCCAAAACACCCAGAAAUCACGUCCGACGGAGAACCAGGAACGAACGCAGGUUCUUCAUCCGCCUCCCCGCACGGAGGGGCAGCUGGUGCCAGUACGGCAAACGAUUCGGCGCACCACGCGAAACACCACACGCCCGUGGCAGACCACUCGGCGGGGGCGCAAACCAUGCGAGAAAAGCUGCAGCAGAAGAUCCAGGCACGGAAGGCCGCCGGCGGGGGAGUCACGUUAAACGGAAACUCAAUUUUGAACAAGAAAGCUGCGGCAGAAAGUGCUGCUGCGAAGAACACGAGCGGAACAACUACGUUUAGUGAGAAGGAAAAAGAGAAGGCAGAUAACAUUGCCAAGCUCCUAAACGCCGCGGCGACUAGUCCAAACGGAACCGGGCCAGCGAGUGGAUUCACUUCUGGGUCAACAAAGGCAAAGAAUGGCACAGCAAGCUCAGAAAGUGGAAAUAAAGAGACCACAGAGAACAAAGAGGAUCCGGGCGCGCCUGCAAGAAAAACGCCGAUAGUGUUGCCCGACAAGGAGGCGUCAUCGGGUUCAGGUACUUUUCUACGUCUAGCUGUAAGAGUGUUGAAAUGUUGAGAAACAUAUCAAUGAUGAUCAUGAAACACGGGUUGUGAUUCGGUUUGGGUGUAUCAACAAAAUGCUCGUUGUCGCGUACACGGAGCGAACGAAAGGUGAAGAGCAGACUGAAACGAAAAAUAUAUCUAUCGUAUCAAGGUGACGAGAACGAAUCUCCGGAGUCCACGCCGACCGCUGCCGCUAAACGAGCCGAGAACGGCGGCAAAGCGAAUGCGAACAAACGGAAGAAGAAAAAAAAGUAA